AUGCCCGCCUUCUACCCCGGCUCCUUCUCAGCUCCCCGCCACCGUGUGUGGCAACCCGGUCAUGCCUGGAAUGUGGGCGACGUCUGCGUCGUAUAUUACAUUGAGCACGGGCAACAGAUAAUCGUAUCCUUUCAAUGCAUCGUCCACCAUGUCAGCGAUAAUAGCAACGGGCCUCCUAACUCGUUCUUCUGGCGGUCGGUUCCCUUGAUCCUAUAG